UAGGCUAUUCGUCUAGUGGUUAUUGUUACGGGCUUUUCGUCGAAUGUAUGGGCAUAGAGCCGUCAUCUUCAACAGAUGGAACGGUUAACAAUGGAUGGAGUGUAAGCUGCGCUGCUAGCACACAAUGUGCACGGAAGUUCAAGGCUAUGGUGUGUUGUUUGGUGAUAUUUUAACUGUUGGUGUUUAGAGAACAGUGUCCUAGCUAUGGGCAAAUACAAUGAGCUCUCCAAUCACGAUUGGUAUGUGGACGCCCGUGUCCAAGUGACUGUGCAGUUAACCAUGGUACAAUGCUGCCAACCAUAGGUACCAGUAGGCAUCAGUUUCCCGCUGGGCUAUCUAAACGGAACAACUACAUCUAGGUUUUAAAACAUAGUGUGUUCGUUGACAGUUCAAAGCUAUUAUGCGGGUUUGCAUGACUUAGUUUGGAGAUACCAGGUGUAUGAUGUACUAAGCGUCACCAAUGCAAGGAAAUACUUUGGCCGGCUACAUUUUGGACCACACGACACCUACUACGAUCACGAUCCAGCUACCACCAAAAGUCACUCUGUGGACCACAAUGAUCAUGGAAUUUCUAUAGCAAUUAAUUGAGAAGCACCGUGUGUUUCAUAAACUACAGUGCUACUAUCCAGUUUGUGUUUGCUGAAGUGACACUGUGGAACUGUACAGUGAACUUUACUAGGCCUACCGGCCUGAACUUCGAGGGUCGAGUUUGACCAAAGGACAUUGGAUUCGGACUCGGACCUGGCAUACAUGCUUGCCCUCUCCUUUUUGACAGUUUUGUCUUUUUGUGUUUGCUAUGCCACAGCGUGCCAUCUGUAUUCUACAUGCCUUCGGCCUGGUGUGUUUUCUAGUUUUAAGUAUCCUUACCCGAUCGACAUUUUGCCAGACAGCGGGCUGGCUAGCCACCGACUACCCUGACCCGCAAGCACAGCCGGGAGCCUGCGGGUUUUCAGCGGACCGGUCGGCCACCGUGACGCCCACAACAGACCUCAACGUAACUUGGGUAUGUGACCCGGACAACGUUCUCACCAUUGACGAAGCCAUUCUCUUGGACAACUUCCUCAAAAGUAUUUUCUACCAAUCGCCCUGUGACUGCAAGGUGGAUAGUUGCCCAGGUGGUGACGUCAUCCCAUCUGGGUAUCUGAUCGGUGUAGCCGUGGUGGAUAGAAUGAGCUUUGAAAAUUACGAAGGGAGGGAUUUCCAACCUAUAAAUGUUAUAGCUGGAGACUUCGCCAAGGCGACCAGACUGAAUUGGUUCUCUAAGCAGGGAUGCGAUGACUCUGCUGUGGUCUUCUACUCAAGAUUCUCAAACGAGAUGUAUAUUUCCCUCGGGAAGAAGAUGGAGGAGGUCGUAUCCGACCUUGAGCUAGCCAGCUUGUACGACUUGGAGCGCCACUACUUUCAAAUUGCCACGUCCAGUACCACCUUCGAUGGUGCAGGGACCACCACCAGUGUCUCGGUGUAUUUGGGCCUUGACGCCAUCUUGCGCCAAUUGCACGAGGCCAUAGACAACGGGCCCAGCAUCUCGUCUGACGUUGUGUUUGCCUUCACCAUUCCGUUACUCUUGCUAGUCUUGCUCACCGUUAUGUGCCUGAUUUCUAACAUAUGCUGUUCACAGGACAUGUCCAUUGAACCGACCCGGCGCAGCAGAAUGUCCAAGGUCAGUAGGUGAUAGCGUCCUCAUCCGGCGGCAGGCUGAGGUCUUUUUGCGUUCCCCCAUCGGCUGGCCGAUGCAAUAGGUGACAGUGUGGACAGUGUGUGCCAAACGCCAGGCAAGGUUAACCUGAACAUCUGACACAUCCAGGCUCAUAGAUUACGCCAGGAUAUCUGCCUUUUUCACCUUUCACACAAUCAGACGACCGAAAGUGCUGCUGCCAAACAUCACUUCGCUCCAAUAAAAAAACAUGAAUAAGCUGACGUCACUGCACGUUUAUCCAAUCAAAUCAUUGUAUACUGAAAGCACCGUUUCUGUAAAACCAAUACAUGCGGAUAAAGAUAUAUGGGGACCAGUCCACUGAUCUCUAUUAUACUCUUAUUAUAAUAGAGAUCAGUGUGAGCUUUAAAGUGUGGUAUGGGUUCAGUAGAUGACAGUGGCACAACGACAGGUCAGGGGUCAGUAGGUGAUGACGUUCUCAACGGCUCUUUAAAAAUGGAUACAAAUGUCAAAACACCAAAGCUUCAUCAAUGUCUUCAGAGCCUGCUUACCCGAACAGUGUGAUUAUUAACAUUCUGGUCAAAACGUUUCAAACCUGAAGGAUGGUUUAAGAACCACCCAUUAUAAACUCGCUUUACUAAUUCAAUUUAAAUUCACAGUGUGUUCAUUGCAUCAAUUUUGAAAAAUUAUUCUAAAAACUAAUGAGAAAAUGUCAAAGGCACUUCCCUUAACAGUGGAUUGGUGUGCUUCAUCCUCUGGGGAUGAGAGUGAUCAACCUUGCUCAUUUAAGAGCAGUUUCGUGACGUCAAGCUUCGGUUUGUGCAUAAAUUAUUCUACUGUUUACACUCUCAAUUUUCAACAUGACGUGCAGCACAUAGCACAGAAACGGCUUCGUUUUGGGUGUGAGAUAAUUCUUUUGGGUGUGAGAUAAUUCUGAAUGUCCGUACUUGAAAUGAUUUUGUUUAUAUAAAACUGCUAGAAUGCCAUGUACAUGAACUCCUGCACGUACGUAUGCUAUACAUUAAACGCAUACACAAAAUGAUAUAAAGACCCCCCCCCCCCUCCC